GUUUUUAUAUAAAAUUGUAAAUAGAAAAUAGUUUUGUUAUCAAUGAUCAAGCUUAGGGUGUCGUGACAAUGGUGUCAGAAGUGGGAUGAUGAUGUUAGCUUUGAUCAGUGAUUGUUUUUUUUAAAAGAAUGUUUUUUGAGUAAAUUGGAUUGAACGUUGGAAAAAUAUUGUAGUAUUUUCAUGUAUUGAAGUUAUAAUAUUUUUUUUUUAUUGUAUUGUUGUAGAGAGACGUUCAGAUAGAAGUUAAGGGACCCUGAGAGGAGAGGACGUUACCAUGAAUUAGUUUGUAUUAUGAAGGUUUGAUUUCGAUUUAGUUCAGUUUUCCUGGAGGGAUAUUUUGCUUUGUCAUUUUUGUGUCAGUUUAUGUUGUUUGAUAGUUGGUUUAUUUACUGGCGAUUUUUGAGAUGGAUUUGUUAAAAGAGCUGACUGCAUAUGGUCAAAGUUUGGAGUUGACGGGAGCGGAUCUUCAGAGGUUCAUCCGUGAACAACAGGCACAUCUGCGAGAACUCAGAGUUGAGCAAAGAGAGAGACAAAAGGAGGACAGAGACUAUGAGUUGAAGAGAGAAGCUUUGGAAGUAGAGAAGCUCCGUCUAGAAGAAAAGAAAUCUCUAGAUGCACUCGAAAGUAAGUACCAAGCUAAUGUACAAGAACUUAAAUACCAGUUGAGUUUGAAAGAGACAGAAUCUAAAGCUGCUAAGUCAGACAUAUCUGAUGGUUCAUUAGCAAAGGUUCCUAAAAUGCCAUACUUUGAUGAGGUUAAAGAUGACAUAGACUCUUUUCUUAGACGAUUCGAAAGAUACGCUAUAGCACAGAAGUGGAACGAAGGAAUGUGGGCCGUGAACUUAAGCGCAUUACUUAAAGGACGAGCUCUUGAUGUCUAUGCCCUACUUCCACAAGAAAAGGCUCUGGAUUAUGCAACCCUUAAAACAGCUUUGCUGAGGAGGUUUGAGAAAACAGAGGACGGUUUUCGAGAAUAUUUCCGUAGGUGUAGACCAGAGGUAGGUGAAACCUUUACACAAUUCGCAGUUCGUUUAGGAAGUUAUCUAGAUAGAUGGAUUGAGUUUGGAAAAGUUAACAAAACUUACAACGGACUAUAUGACUUAGUGUUGCGAGAUCAGUUCAUAUCAAUCUGUAAUAGAGACUUAUCGUUGUUCCUAAAGGAGCAUAUUCCAAAAAGUAUUGAAGAGAUGUGUAUGUUAGCGGAUCAGUUCAAAGAGGCGCGUCAUGUUAACAUAUUAACUUUAGUUUCUUCUAGCAAAAAGGAGACGACAUUUGAAAACAGAAAUCCAGCCAGAAGGAGCAAGUGCCGCCGAAGACUAAUGGUCAGUCCUUUUCACAACAGAAGAAGACAGGGAAGGAUAUUCGAUGCUACAAAUAUUCCAGGCUAG